AUGCCCCGAGGAGCGAAAGCCCGGACAUCUUGCUAUGAAAGGCCGAGCUGUUUUCCCCGCGUCCUCUACGGUUCCCUUGACGGAGAUAACACCAAUGCGCUGCGGUCCUCGAUGGGUCUCGAGCACGACGACGCUACUUUCAAGAAGUACACGACCAUCAUGAGCAAAUGUGCUCACGAGUGCUUCUUUGACUCAAAGGUCUUGUCGUUUGGAAGGCAGCCUCCAAAGCGUAUAGAGCUCUACAUGGAGAAGGUCAACAAAGCUCUGCCGAUCCUCAAGAAGUACGACCAAUCUUGGCCCGCUUCUGCGUAUGUCAGAAUCUGGAUCAAGGGGAAGAUCAUUGCACAAAGGCAGUAUCCGCGUCGUCCCCGCACAUCGUCCAAGGUACCACUCACCCGAGGUGCGAAGAAGGCGAAGGAUAACGCAAUCAGCAAGCAUAAGCACGCAGCGAGGACAUCUGCCCAGGUGAUAGAGGUAAGGGACAGUUCACCUGCACAAUCCACAUCGCCCGUCGCGGGUAGAAACCCCGAGCGCGCCUUCGCCACUGCAGCCACACCACGCGCGUCCGCUCGGAACACCGCUCUCAGCCGCACCAUGUCAAUCGGAGGCGCCUCCACUGCCCGCUCUAUCACAGCGGUCUCCACCAACAGCAACGGCCGUCAAGCCACGCACACCGGCCGCAAGACGCCUUACACCCGCACCACACCCACAGCUGCUGCCGCAGCCGCGGCCGACGGAGGCGCAUCCGCCGGUGGUAGCGUCGCGCCUGUGCGGGCCUUCCUCCGCUCGCUCACACAACCGCUUGACUCGCUCCUCCCGGCGUUCCGUACGAUCGGUAUUCGGGACGCUGAGUCGCUGCGCAGCGUUGUCCGUAUGGAAGGCUGGUACCAGUGGCUGUAUAUGGUGCUCAUGAUGGAUACGCGCUGGGAAGUCACCGAGCUGCAGUGGAAGCACCUUGCCGACGGCUUGAAGCGUCUCGCAGCGGAGGAAAGGCCGUAAAUAUAUUCCCUGGAAAGGCUGGAUACGGGUUAGGAUAAGCUGUCAUUACGACGUUGUACGAUCGUUUUGAUAGGUGGGUCGUUCAUUCGGUGCGCGAAGUGACUGACGUAGGCCGGCUGGGUCAUAUCAAAUUUCUUUGUAUACGUGCGUGAGUCCCAUGUAUGCUGUACGUUGCACUUGUUGUAUGUUGUACUUGUUGUGUGUUGUACUUAUAUUUCGAUAGCUGCACGGUAUAUGUCAUCCUAUGUCA